UUCGUUUCGUUCGUGGUGCCUGGUGAUAGUUUCGCCGGUUUGAUAGUUUGAUUCACGAGAAGAAGUGAGCAUCAAUAUCAUGGUUCCUCAUGGUGUUUUUUUUAAGUGGUUUUGAUUGAAUCAGGAUAUUUUUUAUGAUUGUUUUGUUGUUGUUCAACAUGUAUUCGGUAAUUCAAUUUGACGAUAGUGGAAACAACAGCGUGGCUGUUGUCCACGAAUCGUGGUUGACCCCGAUGAAAACGGAAGUGUUUUGGCCGCCAUUUAAAGACACUAGAAAUUACAAGCGUGCCCUGUGUGGUGGUGAAGAAGCCAUCGAUACUGAGAGUUGGAAGCUCUAUGGCAUAAACAGAAUAUUCUAUCAAACCGAUGAACUAGAAAAAGCCUUCAAAAAAGAAAAAGAGGCUGAGAUUACAAGUGACUUGGCAGAUACUGAUGUAGACUUAUUAGAAAAAGAGGCACCAACCAGGCAAUCCAGGAAAUAUGUAAGAAAAAUUAUAGACAGCAGUGAGAGUGAGGGAGAGAGUCAGUAUCCUAGACCACCUCAAAUCAAAAUUAAAAAGCUUUCAGGUUUCAUUGAAACAAGACAACUGCAAAAUUCUGGAAGCAAGCAUACUCCCGAACAAACACUGCACCCAGCAGUUCAGCACUCGAGUAAUCAAAAGGGGACUCUUAUUACAAAGACAAUACAGCAGUCAACUUUGAACAAACAAUCCAGAGAUUCAUCAGAUUGCCCAUCUCAAGUGAGCAGCGCAUUCUCAGAUUCAGGCAAAAAGAUUGACUAUGAUGAUAUUGUUUCAGCUACCAAGACAUUCAUUUCAUUGCUAGGUCAGAUAAAAGAGCAGAACAAUUUGAUCUUGGGUAAAUUGGAUGAGGUUCAGAAUUCUCUAUCUGUACAGAUACCUUUAACCAAAUCAGAUGAUUUGAAGAUUUUUGAAGAAUUCAUCAGCAAGACAGAGAACUUCAACCUUCUGGUUACUCAUUUACACUCUCUGGGAGGGAAAAAUAUCAAGUUGAAGAUUCAUAAGAUACUGAGGGCGUUGCUGACAGAUGAACUAGCUGCAUUCUUCAGUUAUUAUGGAAAACGUUCCAAAGAACCCUUCUAUGAGUUGAAAAUCAAUAAAGCUUUGAUAAGAGCAGUUCAGUCUGAUAAUGUCACCAUUAGUGAUGUUGAAGACAUCAUCAAAUUGUGGUUCAAACAUGCACCAGACAGGCUGAAAUCAAGAAAAAACUGAUUCAGAGGAAUUUAUUCAUUUUAGGCACUGAAGUACCUGUUAAGCUCUAAAAUAUGCUGAUAGUAUUCAUUUUGUUGAGUUCAAUUCCAGAACCUCAAUGUCUAUAAAGGACUUUUGUAUUAGGAAUAGGUAAUAUUUUGUGUAGCCAUUGUUUCAAAACUAGAAAUUCAAUUUUUGGGUCCCAAAUAUUCAUAUAGGUACUUGGUAGGUACUUGUAUCUAUAGUUCAUUUUAUUCACUUUAGAAAGUUUUACCUUCCAUGAAUAGCUUUGAAUUGAAUUUUUGAUCAUGUAUAAAAGAAAACAUGUAGAGGCGAAUGUGGGGAAGAGACAAUUUUAUAGACGAGUUGCUAGAGAAAAUGAGAAGAUAUUGAAUAGUUUAAUGAACAUUGAUGUUGUAAGUGAAAAUGCCACUGAAAUAACAAAACAUGAUCAGCAGUAUGUAGAUAGUCACCAUCAUUAUUUAUAUCCUGCGACAGAUAGUAGUUCAGAAUUUGUACAAUCAGAAAUCAUAUUAGAAUCAGAUAUAUUUAACCAACCUGGAACAUCUAAUGAGGAGGAUCCUCCUCCGCCAAUCAAUUCUUCCCAAUGUUUAUCGGUUAUACCAGAAUGUAACAGUUGCUCAAAUAGUACUACAGAUUUGGAACCACAGUCACUAAGGCAGUGGGCUAUCAAUACAAAAGUUACCCACAGUUCUGUUACAAGUCUCUUAAAAAUUCUUGCUCCUUUCCAUCCUCAACUUCCAUUGGAUAGUAGAACAUUACUAAAAACUCCUAGGGAUAUAGAUUUAAAAAAAUUAGAUAACGGCGAAUAUUGUCACUUUGGAAUUGAAAAUGUUUUAAAAAAAAUUAUACCCUCUUCUUGUUCAGAUAACAAAUUGAAACUCAGCAUUAAUAUUGAUGGAUUACCAUUGUUUUCUAGUACAAAUUUACAGUUCUGGCCAAUUUUAGGUAUGGUAAGGAACUUUGAGAGUUUCCCAUUUGCUAUAGGUAUAUUUUGUGGCAAAUCAAAGCCAUGUCCACUCAAUGUUUUUCUAGAAGAUUCCAUCAAAGAAGUUAAUCAUUUGAAACUAACUGGUUUUGUAUUGCAUACCAGAAUAUAUUUUGUUGAAAUAUUAAACUUUAUUUGCGACUCGCCUGCUAAAGCUUAUUUGAAGGGCAUAAAGUCACAUGGUGGCUAUUCUUCCUGUGACAAGUGUUGGGAAUCAGGUGAUUACUACCAUAGACAGGGAAAAGUCAUUCUGAAGGGAACAACAAGUACCCUUCGAACUGAUGAACAGUUCAUCUUGGAGUUGGACGAUGAACAUCACAGAGAAAAGUCACCAUUACUUGAAUUAAACAUAGGCCUUGUCUCAUCAUUCACUAUCGAUUACAUGCAUGCUGUUUGUUUAGGUGUUACAAAAAAACUUUUGGUAACAUGGAUGUCAGGUGGGCUACAUAUUAGAUUGAAACGUUUACAAAUUGAGAAAUUGAGUGAAAACAUGUUGUUUCUAAGAUCUUUUGUUCCUUCAGAAUUCAAUCGAAAGCCCAGGAGUUUAUCAGAAUUAUCUUAUUGGAAAGCUACAGAGUUUCGUAACUUUUUAUUGUAUUUUGGUCCAUUCGUUCUUAAGGGUAAUGUGGAGACAUCAGUAUUUGAACAUUUUUUAUUAUUGCAUGUUGGCAUUUCACUUUUAACUUCAUCAAAGCAUUUAUCAAAUUUUGGUACUGAGAAUGCUAACAUUUUAUUGAAUUCUUUUGUGAGACAUUGUGAAUUUAUAUAUGGCUUAGAAUUUUAUGUAUAUAAUACACAUAUAUUAUGCCAUUUGGCUAAAGAGGCUGCUCUGUAUGGUACUUUGGAUUCAUUUUCAGCUUUUCCAUUUGAAAACUUUCUAGGUCUUAUCAAGAGUUUUUUUAGAUCUCCAUUGAAACCUUUACAACAAAUUUAUCGAAGAUUGAGUGAAAGAAAUUUCAUCUAUGUGAAACCACAUUUUGAUACAAAAUUAUAUGGGGAACAUGAUAGUGGUCCCAUGAUAGAAAUGAUUCAUGCGAAGCAAUUCAAAAAAAUUGUCUACAGGAAUGUAACUUUCACAAGCAAAUCCUAUUCAUGUGCAGAUGCUUACUACAUGACAGAAGAAGGUAUAGUUGUAGAAAUACAUAAUAUAUGUAGCACUCUAGAUGAAAAACUAUUCAUGAUUGGAAAACAUUUUUUGCCCCAUUAUGAAUCAUUGUAUACUUACCCAAUAGAUUCUAGAGAUUUGAAUAUUUAUGUUGUUAGUAAUACUAAUUUGUCAGGAUUACAAUCUUGUGAAAUUUCUCAGUCAAUGACGAAAUGUAUGGUUUUUCCUAUAAAUAAGAAUAGUUAUAUAUCCCUCCCUUUGCUUCAUACAGCGUGCAGCGUCUGAAAUCUUGUAUCUAUCAUUUUUCUCUGAUAGCACAAAUUUAUAUUUGUCAUGAAUUGAUAACCAGGCAAACUGUUUCAUUUCAUAAUUUAAAUUUGUACAUUUAUGAAGUGUUUUGAAUAAAUCAUUUGAAAAUUC